ACGAUAAGCUUCAAUUGUGUGGUGCUCUAUAUAUUACGAUAUACAACACAUAGUUCAAGAAAACACUUUGAGUCCAUAAAACACCUCACUCUUCAAUGGCAAACAAAGUCUUAGUUAUUAAUCCUUCCUACUGUGUUCCUCACUCUAUCACUCUACAAAUUAAUACUGAGAAAAGAGUCGCUUACAGUGAAACCGAUGAUCGUCUCUUCUACAUUGAAGAUACCUUUUUCACACUUCACGACCGUCGCGUCUUAUAUGAUAAUGCAAAAAACCCCAUCGUCACUUUCUACAAGAAGUCUUCGGAAGAAUGCAAAGUUUUCAAGGGUGAAAGCAGUGAUUCAUCAAAAUUUCUAUUUCGGGUGAAGAAAAUGAAGAAAUCGUCAACGAUUCCGUGUGGGAUCACAAAAUUAAACGUGUUCCUUGCAAAGAACCGAGACGAAGAGAAAAGUGACUUCAGAGUGAUCAUUUAUGGAAGUAAACGGUCGUGCAGUGUUUAUGUCGGGGAAUCUCCUACCAUUGUAACCCAAGUGGAGAAUAAUGGUGGCUUCAAAGUCUCGGUCAAUCCCAACGUGGACUACGCAUUCAUAGUGUCUCUACUUAUGAUCGUUAACGAUAUGAAAUGCUCUGAUAGCUGUACACAAGAUUCUCUUAAUCCCAUAAAAAUAGCUUCAGCAAUUUUAUCGCUUCCAAGCUAGUAAGUAAAUAUAUUGUAUAAGAAAAUCAAGAGUGAGGAAAUAGAUUUCAAGUGAGUCCUCGCAUGGAUGACUAUUAUAUUAUUUUGUAUAUUUUCUUAUCUUUCAA